CGCGUGCAUUUGGGGAGGCUUCUUACUGAAAGCUUUUAACAAAACCAAGGCAGAGCAAAAAUAAAGAGGAAAAAAAGAAGUAAGCUCUAGCUGGCGCUUCCAUGGCAUCCUUGUGUUACACACAGCAGUUUAUUUAAAAGCAGAGCAGAUAAAAUCUUUACUUGUUUUCUUUAACAGUCUUAUACACUUCACGGCCCUUUGAUUGGUAUAUUGUUUUGUCUUUGUACUAGUAUUUCUCGUACUGAAAAUGAAAGCGGAAAAUGAGGGUUUUGAGGGCUUCUUCAAGCCUCUGGAGGGUUUGGGAGUAGUGAAAAUAGCUGUAUUCGCAGCCGGCAGGCUUCCGAGGCAGUGUGGGAGGCUUGGAUUCCCUUGACCUGCGGCAGCGGUGUUUCUCUUUGCAGAAUGGGAGGCGGUGGUGUGUCUGGCGUUGGUAGAGAAUUUGGUCGUGAAAGCAUUCUAAGAAUUAUUGUGGUUUUUCUCAUUUGCCGAUUGGCUGUGACUUCGAAUCUCAAGUUUGUGGUGCUUCAUUCUUUGUGAGGCGACUUUCGUCGGAAUCUGAGGUUUUCUUAUGCUUUGCAUUACUUUCCAAGAAAAUUUGGAGGAUGAGAAAAACAGACCUAAUUUAUUUCAGUAUUUGGCCUUCAUCUGCUUAAGUUUUCAAGUUCCAACCGUAACAUCAUCUUCAUGGAAAUACGUCUCUCUUUUUAUUGAGAGAGAUGAGUGUUUUUUAACAUUUUCAGAAAUUGUAAUUCAAUGUUUUGAUUAGUUCCUGCCUGUUAAGAUGAUUUCUACUUCCUACUGCCUUAAAUUUGCAAAUCAAAAUGUGAUUCUCUCUGAACUGGGAGAACUGUCUAUUAAAGAUGUCAUGAUGUGAGGAAGGCCUAAGGCAGUUCCAAGUUUAAAGCUGUACCAAUAAUUGCAGCAUAAUUGGGCCCAGCAAGUAAGUUAUAACUUGCAUUGUCAUUUAGCCUGUAAUCUUGCAGACUGGCAAUAUGCCAUCGUGGUGGAGGAAAUCUUCUUCUAAAGAAGUGAAGAAGAAAGGAAGUAAAGAUAAUAUAUUUGAUGGUUUUCGAAAAUUCAAGUUUUUGUCAGAUGAGAAGGGAAGCUUCAAGUCUUCAGGAGGUUCUCGCCGAGACAGUCUUGAUACGGCUUCUGAGAAUGGAUCAGGACUCAGGGUAGACUCCAGGUCACCAUCACCUUCCAAUCCUGUAUCACGUUGCCAGAGUUUUGCCGAGAGACCACUUGGAAAACCGCUUCCUCUCCCAUGUGCAGUACCAUCAAUACUGGGGCGUACAGAAUCUGGGAUCAAUUUGCUUCAACCGUUGGGGAAUAUAUCUGGAAGAUCAUCUCCUGGUUUGCCGCUUCCUUCACCUGACUGCAUAUUAUUAAACAGGCUGGAUGUCAUAGAUUUGGAUGGGGGUUCAUCAUCUUCACCUGUUUCUAGUGUGAGUUCUGCUGUUAGUUUUGAACCUGCAGAUCAACAAGACAAUGGUCCAGUAAAUGCUAAUUGUAAUAAUUGUGGUAUAGCCCUUUCUGGUAGAGGCCUUGCAAAUGGUUUUGGAGGUUCAAGUGUGAUGAAUGCAGCACAAUCUCCUAAGCUCAGCAGGAAAAAUUCAGGAAAGGAUAUAUUGAGACCUGGCAGUCCUCUUUCCCACCACAACAAUCACUCAAACUCAUCGAAAAAGUUACUGUUGAAUAAUAGAGAUGUUCCAACACGUCUGCAAAUUCCAGUUAAUGGAAUACUAGCAAGUGCGCCAGAGAGUUCCAUGUCUAGUCCUUCAAGAAGCCCAAUGAGAGCAUAUGUUUCUGAACAAUCACAGAACAAUGCUUUCUGGGCAACAAAACCUUUUCCCGAGACUGCUUUUUUUGGGUCAGGUCAUUGUUCUAGUCCUGGUUCAGGAUAUAAUUCGGGGCAUAAUUCUAUGGGUGGAGAUAUGGCUGGACAGCCCUUUUGGCAGCAGAGCAGGGGCAGCCCAGAGUGUUCGCCCAUUCCUAGUCCAAGAAUGACAAGUGGUCCAAGCUCAAGAGUUCAGAGUGGGGCUGUUACCCCUUUGCAUCCUCGUGCUCUUGGAGCAGGUCCUGAAUCCCCAAGCAGUUGGUUAGAAGAAGGUCAGCACCAUGGGCAUCGUUUGCCACUACCACCACUAUCUAUUUCAAACUCAUCACCCUUUGCUGCUUCCUGUUCAGCAGCUUCCUCAUCUUGUGCAGUUCCUCGAAGUCCUGGGAGGGCUGACAACCCUCUAAGCCCUGGAUCACGCUGGAAGAAAGGAAAACUUCUAGGAAGGGGGACAUUUGGACAUGUUUAUGCUGGUCUUAACAAUGAAACUGGAAAAAUGUGUGCAAUGAAGGAGGUGACAAUGCUUUCUGAUGAUCCAAAGUCCAAGGAAAGUGUAAAGCAGUUGGAACAGGAAAUUGCCGUACUUAGUCGUCUGAGUCAUAAAAACAUUGUGCAGUACUAUGGGAGUGAAAUGAUUGCUGAUAAGCUCUAUAUUUACCUAGAGUAUGUGUCUGGUGGUUCUAUCCAUAAACUACUUCAAGAAUAUGGCAAAUUUGAGGAGCCAAUCAUUCGUAGUUAUUCCCGACAAAUCCUUGCUGGACUGGCAUAUUUGCAUCAAAAAAAUACUGUACACAGGGACAUCAAAGGAGCUAAUAUUCUAGUAGACCCUAAUGGUCAGGUCAAGGUUGCCGACUUUGGCAUGGCGAAACAUAUCACUGCACAAUCUUGUCCUCUGUCAUUCAAAGGAAGCCCAUACUGGAUGGCUCCUGAGGUUAUCAUUAAUUCAAAUGGGUCCAAUCUGGCUGUGGAUAUUUGGAGUCUUGGUUGUACUGUUCUGGAGAUGGCCACUGCAAAGCCACCCUGGAGUCAGUAUGAAGGAGUUGCUGCAAUGUUUAAAAUUGGGAACAGUAAGGAGCUUCCAAUAAUCCCUGAUUAUCUUUCAGAGGAUUGCAAGGGAUUUUUAAGGCUUUGUCUUCAGCGCAAUCCUAUUCUGCGUCCUACAGCUGCACAACUUUUAGAACAUCCAUUUGUAAAGCAUGCAGAACCUUAUGCUAAGCUUGAUGUUGCUACCCAGAAUUCUGAAGCAUUCUCUUCGACCAAUAAUGUUGAUCGAUCCAUGAAUGUUAUGCAGGGUGCUGGACACACAAGAAACCUUUCUUCUCUUGAUACAGACUAUGCUGCUGGACAGUUGCAAGCAAAUUUUGUGCACAGACCUUCAAGUGAGCAGUUCUAUUUGCAAAAGAAUAUAUCAAUGCCAAUUUCUUGUCCAGUGUCUCCUUGUGGAAGCCCAUUGAUACAGCCUCGUUCACCACAUUAUCGAAGUGGCAGGAUGUCUCCUUCUCCUAUAUCAACCCCACUUGCUAGCUCUGGCACUUCAACUCCAUUGACUGGAGGGCAUGGUGCCAUUCCAGCCCAAUUAAAUGGAUCUAUGAAACAUUCGACAUAUGCAGAUGAAGGUUUUGUCAGUGUUCCUAGAUCACCUAAUAGAACUGUGAAACAGUCGACAUAUGCAGAUGAAGGUUUUGUCAGUGUUCCUAGAUCACCUAAUAGGAGAUAUAUUAACGAUUCUAGUGGGAAUGGUGUCUAUCAUGAUAUGAGGUGUGAUGUUUACCGUGGAACACCAAUGAUCCUUACUCCAGAAGGCUCACCCAGAGCUCAAGAACAGUUAUCAGAUGAUGGUAUUUUGGGGCAAGCAUAUGGUAGGAUGACAAGAGAGAUUAAUGGUGAAGCCCAAAGGCAGUACUGUGGUCAAGUUGCUUUAGCUGAACAUGUGUCCCAGCAGCUACUAAAGAUUCCAUCAAAAUUCCCUGAGGUUGGCUUUAGGCCCAGUUCUCCCUUGCUUGGUCGCUCAAAUGGUCACGAUUAUUGUUGAAGGUGUGGAACUGAAGUAGAUCUGAUUUCUGUUGCCAAUUUUACUGACUUGGAUGCGAAGUCUUCUGGUGGAGUCUGAGUUUGACUUACCAGGUAUCUGACAUUCAUACAAACUACAUUAUUUUGCGGCCAGUUCUACAUUAGCAGCUGCCUUAACAUAUUUUAAAAGGAGCAUCGGUAGCUGAUGGAGAUCAUUUGUAGAAUACCAUAUCAAUCCAAAUUGUGAAAUAAUGUGCAAGAUUUGUUGCUGUGCUGACCUAGAACAGUACAGAAUGUAUUGUUUGUAGUUUAGAUUGGGAUGGGGGCAUUGGCAACAUGAUUGUUCUUUAACAUAGCUAAAGGUAAGCUUCACUCUUAUGAAUCUAUGCAUGCUGAUGAGAAAUAUGUGUACCGCUGACAUCAUUUAAUGACAACUUGCAUCAUUGCAGAGAAGAAAAAGGUUUCUGCAUAAUAUGCCAGUUGUUUUUAUAGAACUUUCAUUUGUGUGCUCAGUGAAUUGAAAUGCAAGAGUGAAUGAGACUGUGUAUUUCUAAUUUUCUGUAUCUUAAAUAGGGCAGUAAUGAGGCAGGUUAUCUUA